CCGAGCGCCACCGAUAAAACCCAGUCAUCGUCAGCUGUCAGCAGAUUUAGUUUUUCUGGAAAAACAAACCAGCUAAAUUUUCCCGUAACGUAACACUUUUCCGGCAAAAUAAAGCAGCUACCGUUCCGAAGAGAAGAAGCAACAUGAACUGGCAUUCGGGCAACAUUGCAGAGGCCGUGGCGGAAUCCAAAUCCAAAAAUGCCAUCUUUGUCGUCUACAUACAAGGUGAAAACGAGCUGUCCAGCAAGCUGGAGGGAUUCUUGGACGAUGCGCAAGUGCGGUCCCGCCUAGAAAGCUCGGACUUUGUGGCCAUCAAGGUCCCAGGCGACAGCACAGCCUAUGGGCAGUUCAUGUCCCUCUACAAAGUCGUCCCCAUUCCAUCGAUCUUCUUUAUUGGCAAAUCGGGCACACCACUAGACGUGGCCACUGGCAUUAUUGCCAGCGCCGAGGAGCUGGCCGCCAAAAUCGACAAAGUCCUUGUCCUGGCAGGGAAAAAAGAGGAGAACCAGCUGGUCACCAAAAGCAGCAGCAGCUCCUCAGCCAACCCAGGCACAAGUCCACGACGCAUUGCCGGAGCCGAUGACAAAACAUAUGAAAAAAGUGAGCAACCCGAUCCAGAUGAAGUGUCGAUGGCAACCAGUCUGGCCAGCAAAUCAACUGCUUCGACCAGCGUUUCUUCUGGAACUACAGCUAAGCAUACAGAGACCCCAGUUGCUGGAUCCACAGAGCCCUCAAGGGACAACGAGAAGCCAUCGACGACUUCAGCUGUUAAGCCGUGUGAGACCUCGGCCGCUGCAGAGGUGCCCCCUUUAGGAGGCUCCAGUGCGAGUCCCUCUCAGGCUGCCACUUCUGCCGCCGCUGCGGCUGAGAGAAGAGCAGCAGUCGCCGCUGCAGCAGCGCCUGCUCCUAUUCCCACUCCGCUACCUUCUGAGCCGUUGUCGGCAGUGCCCGAGCCGACGCAGCGGCACCUAACCGACUCCGAGGUGCAAAUGGUUGAGGUCCAGAACACACUGGAGAAGAAGCGACGAGAGCGAUUGCAGCAGGAGCAACGCCAGCAGAGGGAGAGUGCGCUGAGGCGUCGUCACGAGGGAAGGGAGACCCAGGCCCAUACCCAGCAGGCGCUCACUAAGGAGCAGGAGCUCAAGAAAAUGCAGGAACGCAUUCGUCGCAAUCGCCAGGAGGAGCAGGAGACGCGCGACCGAAUUCGCGCCCAAAUCGCUGCCGAUCGGGCGGAGCAGGCGCAUCGUGUCCUCAUAGCGGAGGACGUCCACAGCACAACGACCUCGACCGCGGCCGUCACGACCGACUCUACCACUAGCUCGGUGGAUGAGACUCGUCUUCAGAUCCGUUUGCCCGGUGGCAUACACCGCACCAAGUCCUUCCCAGUCGGCGCUCUGCUAGGCACCGUUCGUGUCUACGUGAGGAAUGAACUGUUGUCGGGCACCGAUACGCGCGACUUUACUCUGGCCACAAGCUAUCCCCGUCGGGAGUUUCGCACGGAGGAUGAGGUGAAGACCCUGCUGGAGCUGAAUCUGGUGCCCAAUGCGGUGGUGCUAGUGCUGACUAAAGAGCAGAUAAACCGCGUUGUGCGCACCGGAGGCUCUUUGAUGACAAUGCUGACCACGGUCAUGUGGGCCAUGAUUACGCCGGCAGCCAAGGCAUUCGAUUUCAUCCACAAGAAUGGAUGGCGUCCGCUGUCGCAUAGGUUCACCGUGAUGCUGGCCAACGUUCGCUGGCCGAAUCGUGAGGGCGGUGCCAAUGUGGUCCUGGUCCAGGGUGACGCUGCCGCUCGGCGCAACAUGGAAAUGUUCUCUAUGCGUCCCAUGCCGGCGCCUGGUGUCAAUCCGCAGCCGGAGGCACCCGAGGCAGCAUCAAACACACCGCCAUCCUCGCCGGGAACAGAAAACGAUGCUGCAGGACAGCAAGCCGUUCCGCAGCCACACCAGACACCGCCGACUAGACCCGAGUUCCAGCAGCGUCCGGGGGGAUAUCAGCCACCGCGCUAUGGGGAUGCCAACAUACGACGGCUGCACGAUUCAAAGGACGACAAGGACAACAAGGCCACCUACAACGGCAACUCAACGCAACAGCAAUAAGGAAGAACCACAAGGAAGGACUCUAUUAAUAUAUCCACUAAAUCUACUGCAUAAACACCUGUUAAACCAAAUUAAAAUCCUUAACUAAA